CACGUGAGGAAGCGAAGUAGAAAGUUCUGUGUUGCCUUCCGUAGUUCGAAUUAUUUCUUGUGGAUUUAAAAUUGAAGUAUCCAAUGGAAUGCAAGGUUGUUGUGGUGGGCGACAGCAAGUGUGGUAAAAGUGCACUUGUCCACAGGUUCGCCAACGAUAAUUUCCUCACAAUGUAUGUACCAACAGACUUCGAAAGAUGUUCAGUGGACCAUUUAGUUGGUGAUUACAGUGUACGCCUCACGAUAUGGGACACUUCUGGUGCUGCAGCAUAUGACACAGUUAGGCCUUUAUGUUACAAAGAUGCCCGAGCUUUCCUUGUGUGUUUCGACCUCUCCUCUCAAAUGUCCCUUCACAAUACAUUAAAAAAGUGGUUGCAAGAAAUCCGAGGCCACAGCGAAGCACCAAUCAUUUUAUGUGGUUGUCAAAGCGACACUCGUGAUGAAGUUAAACAUCCUGUUACAUAUGAACAGGCGACGUCCAUUUCUAGGCAGAUGAACGCCACUGGCUACGUGGAGACUUCCGCCAAAACUGAAGAGGGCGUGACGGAUGCUUUCGAAUUGUGCGCCCUGGCCGCCCUAGGGAAAUCCCGAUUCGCCAGCCUCGUCCGACGUCACGCGCCCCAUCUUAAAAAACACCUGCGGACGCAUCAUCAGCACAAAUCAUGUAUCAUCAUGUGAUAAGGACAAUGAUUCAAUGGAACUUUCUGGAAAAUUCCGUUACCUGUGAGGCGCAGCCGUGCGAUCUACUCCGAUUAGAUCGACGAGUCAUGUGACAACCCCUUUCCAACCCCCUUUUUAUCCGAAAGGGGUUUGCAAUCUUUUAUCAGGGAGAUUCCGUUCGAAGCUUCGAACAACUUGAAUGGUGCUGUUACAUAUCUUCCGGACUGAAUUUCAAUGUCAUCGAUCAUUGUUGUUUCCAUAUCAGUAGGCUUGUUUUACUUUGGACCUCGAUAUAGCAGUCACUCAGUAUAACGAUCAAUAAGUGCAUUAAUCAGCAUAAACUGUUCUUAAACAUUAAAACUGGGAUCACAGAAACUUUGACAUCAUAUGCUGCUACCAGAUAGUCCUAUUCUAGAAAAUAAUGAUAAUAAAAUCAUCUUCAUAUAAACUAUUUGAUUAAAAUUGCCACUUUUAGAAGCAAGAUUUAUCUAUAAUUUAAUAUUAUAUUAAAAAGAAUGUUAAUUUAUAAUUAUAUAUAGCAAAUUUUACUUUUUUUUUAUUUGUGCAAACCUGUAAUUAUGGUCAAGAAAACGAAAUUUCUGCCAGAAAUUUAUUUUGAUCUAAAAAUGUAAGGAGGUGGGACACAUUUUUACAUUGGAUUUUAACUGAAUGUACAUUUGUAUUAUAUGAAUGUACAUUAUUAACAUGUAGGUCAUUUCAUAAUCACAAUUUUAAUCUAUCAGUCCCUGUAACCUUUGGUAAAAGCCAUUGUAAUGCAAGCCUGCUGUGUUUGGAAUUGUGAAUGUAAGACUUUUUAAAGGUUGCUAGGUUUCUUUUAAAAAGCUGUAAAAAAAUUCUGCUCCAAUUUUAAUUAUAAGCAUGAAAACAUAUGUAUUUGGUGUUAUUUAUCAUGUGUGAUAAAAUACAGUCAAAAACUUAAAUUAUAAAACUUAUUUGUUAUCAUUGGAUGAAACAAUACAUAGAUUCUUUUUAAAAAAAUUGUUUUAAUUAUUACAUAUAGUAUUAUGUAUAUCAUUUUAGAUGCCCAUUUUUAAUGUCUGAAUUUUAAUAUUUGAUUUUUUUUUGUAAAAUAUUCAAUUACAAUUUUUUUAUGUUUAAUAUAUUGUUAAUUUAAAAAAUUAUUUACCUUUUAAAGAAAAUAUAAUUUAUUAUAUUUCAAAAUAGUAUUUAUGACUUUGAGCUACAAAUUUAUUUGUAAUUGUUGAUUUUUUGAAAUUUUUUAUCCUACUUAACUAGCUCUUCUAUUCAAACUGGUUACCUAGCAACCGUAUUUUGAUGUCAACUGAUAUUUCAGUUUUAAAGAAUUAGUUUUGCUCACGAUACUGCUUUGUGCAGCUGAUUAAAUGAACGAAUUAUAUCAUAUUAAUUCUAGAAUGUGUAUGAUUAUUUAUGGAGUCUUUUGCUCUUAGUGGAUCGAAUCUCUUAAGGUACUUUCUUGUUUGCAUCACUACUUUCCAACUUGAAAGAUCUUUUAGAAGGAAAAUGCUAAAGUACUUUCUUUUAUAUAUUUAAAAUAAUUUGUGUUCCUUAUUACGAGUAUGCUGUUCGUUUAGAGUUCAAAUGUUUACUCUUGGAAAUUAAAGAAAUUCAAAUUGAAAUCGUCAGAUUCUAAAUUGUUGAAAUUUUUUUAAAAAACAUUUAGAAAGAAAAUUGAAUUUCAUCUGACUCAAUUAUAAUAAUUUAACAUAAUGGUUCUAAUUGAUCAUAAAUUAUAAUUAUUUAUUAACAAAUGUAUUGAUAAUGAUUACAUUAUAGCUUUGUUAUAGUGAGCGAUCAAAAGAACGUUUUUUUAGAUGCAUUUAAAUCUAUAUCUGCAUUUUACAAAAAAAUAUGCAUGCUAAGAAAUAUUAAUAUAUGUUGAUAUUAUAAACAGUCAAGUCAGUUAUUUCAAGUGUCUUAAGAACAAGUGUCUUAAUUAUUUCAAUAAUGUAUUAAUUAUUAAUAAUUCUAUAUGCAGACAUUGAUUUUUCAAUAAUUGGAUCAAUGAUAAAUUGUAAAAAUUCGAUUUACUUUCUUCUCCUAAUAAUAAAGGGACAAGACUUUUUAUAACUUCAUUAUAAGGUAGAUGAAAAGAAUAGACGAGUUUCAGGAACAGUUAUUUAAUUAUUUUCUAAGUUUCACAUUUCACAAGGCAAAACAAACGGGACACUCACUUAGAAUACAAUCUAAUAAUGACCGCCAAGAAGGAUCAUGGGAAAUAUACUUUAAAGUUAAUAAAGUAACGCCAUCUGUUGUAUCAAAAGAGAAGGUAGAGUUAUGUAACCACUAUAACACUAAUUUUUUUUGAUGAAGACAUGCAUACUUUAUAAAAAAAACUCAUCAAUCAUUUUGAUCCAAUUUAAUAACAAAAAAAACGGUUAUUUAUAUAUAUUUUUAUUGAUGAAAACAUUACUAUUAAAGAAAAUUAUGUUUUGUUGUCUCUGAAAUGUAAUUUUGGAUUGCAGGAGUUCAGAUGAUAAUUGAAACUGACACAGAUAUUUAAGUUCUUUAUAUUUUGCUUUUACUAUAACACGGCUGUUUGUAAUGCGAGUGAAGAAUUAGAACAGCACGAAUAAAUCAUUUUUUGUUAUUGCCAUUUUAUAAUCGAAAUUUUUAUAUGCGGCUUAAUACUUAAGAAAAUAAUGCAAUCUGCUGAAAAUAUUUUUAAUUUAUCAGUCAUAUCAUUGAACUAUUUAUUAAUCCGUGAAUCAAAAAUUUUCAAGUUUUAUAUUUCACCUUCUGAUAAUCAAAACAUCAACUUGAAAAUAAGAAUUAUGUGGAGCAUUAUUUCCUUGUUUGCUAUUUUUUGGUGUUUGUAUUGUUUUGGAAGUCUUUUUUUUUACUUUGUCAUUUCGGUAGCUAUGACCAUAAGUUAUUUUUCUACCUUUAUGCAUUGUGAUUUCUGCCACAAAUGUUCUAGAUUUUUUUGGAAUAUUUCGAAUUGUUUUAGUAGUUUUAGCUUCGAUUUAAAAUAUCUUUGUAUUUUUUUUAGCUAAAAUGAAACUUUUAAGUGCAGUGUUUUGUAUCAGAUUUUGUGAACUGCUAUUUGACAAAUGAGAGUUCCUAUGUGUGUGUGUGUUCAUGUAUAUAAGUUUGAAGUAUAUAAAUAAGAUUUAUAUUGAUCUUCUUAGACCAAAUCGUGUUGAUAUUGUGCAUUUAUUUUAUGUAAAUUGUCUAUUUGUACAUAAUGCUUGUAAAGAAAAAUAAUAAAAUAUUUUUCAAACAUAAA